GACAGAAGAUCACCGGAAUUCCCAUUUCUUACUCAGUCGUCUCCAAUUCUGCCGUUCAACUGCCGUCCUCGAUUUCUCGACGAUCAAUAACCUGACGUUCAAAGUUUUUCUCAAUCGAAGAUUACUCUGAGAUGUAUGAUAAUAUAGGAGCACAGCCUGGGGUACCAAGGCCCCCCUUAAACCCUCAAGUCAAUCCAUUUGAGAACACAUUAUAUGGAGCUGGUUCAGGACUCAUCCGAGGUGGAUUGGGUGCAUAUGGAGAGAAAAUCCUGGGUUCAAGCUCUGAAAAUGUACAAAGCAUUAUAAGCAGGUAUUUCUCUGAUCCCCAGUAUUAUUUCCAAGUGAAUGACCAGUAUGUGAGGAACAAAUUGAAGGUUAUUCUAUUUCCGUUCCUACACAGGGGACACUGGACAAGGAUAACCGAACCAGUUGGAGGCAGGCUUUCCUAUAAGCCCCCUAUCUAUGACAUAAAUGCUCCAGAUUUGUACAUUCCCUUAAUGGCAUUUGGUACCUAUGUGGUUCUUGCUGGUUUCUCGCUGGGACUCAAUGGGAGGUUUAGCCCGGAAGCUUUAAGUCUGCUGUUUACAAAAGGAUUACUAGGCUGGUUUUUACAAGUCGUGCUGCUUAAAGCGUCACUCUAUUCGUUGGGGAGUGGGGAGGCACCUUUGCUGGACAUUGUGGCAUAUGGUGGUUACGCUUUUACCGGGAUGUGUGUGGCUGUCCUUGGGAGGAUCAUUUGGGGCUACGCAUACUAUUUCCUAAUGCCAUGGACGUGUCUGUGCAUGGGGAUCUUCUUGGUGAAGACGAUGAAGCGAGUUCUGUUUGCAGAGGUGAGGAGUUAUGAUUCAAGCAAGCAUCAUUAUCUUUUGCUUUUCAUGGCUUUGGUCCAGUUCCCAUUUUUCAUCUGGCUUGGCAACAUUGGGGCUUGAUUGCCUGUACUGUUUUUGUUUUUUUCUCUCUCUCUCUCUCUCUCUGUUUUGGCUCUUUUCUUGGGUUUUUUACAUACAUGGUUGGAUUCGAUGUUCAUUUUCUUGGUAGAGGCUGUCAU